UUCUUCUUUUUGUUUGUUUUCAGAAUGUUUUAAAACUCUUUGGCAGUUUGUUUUAACAAUUCAUUGGUAUUUCAUCAUCGCGACAAAAUAUACGGUCAGAAAAUGGAAUGCCUGAAACUGCUGGAAAGUGUAGAUGUUCUAGGUUAUGCGGGUAAUUGCGUGGGAACCGAACAUUCUCAGUUAUUGCAAAAUUCUCUUAUAAUACUGCAACACGAAAAUCAUUUUCAAAAAUGCUAUUACUGGGGCAAAAUCUACGGAAUACGAAAUGAUUAUCAUAUUGCUUAUGGCUUUGAAAAACACUGUAUGGAUGGACAGGUUUAUUAUUAUAGUACCGAUGCUUUAAAUUGGCUGUUAUUACCAAAGGCAAACAAAUGUGCACGAUUUUUGACGCCUCUUGCAAUUAAUAAAUUUGAAGGUGAUCCAUCCAUUAUUACGAACGUUUACAACGUAAAUCCUCCAUUUCCUCCGAACGAUGAUCCUAAAAAGUAUUAUGAUGGUCCUAUACCGAAAGAACUGAAAGAGGAAGAUAGACUCGCGGUUACCGUAGAUUUAAUCAGAGAAAACGCUGCUGUAAUUCCACGUGGUGCAUGGUUUAAAUGUCCGAAUGGCGACAUCACAGAAAACUUAAGCUUCGAAGGACUUAAUUCUGCAGAUGCAACUUAUUUAAAAUCGUAUUUACACGCACGUCCUCCCAUACAGAAAUGGAAUACUAAUUUAUUGACCAGGCCUGAUUAUAAUUACGCAUUGGAUUUUUUAGAUACGAUUGAUCUGGACGUUCCGCAAGGGUGUUGGAGCCUGCAGUUAUUACAAGGAAAGAGACUAGCAAUUUUGCAUAGCUUGUAUUGGCCUGGUAUGACUUUCUUUCAUAAAUUAAAUACACCACAUUACGGGUUUCUUUAUUUUGGACAUGGAAAAAAGAAUAUGGACGUGGUCUUUAUGGUUUGA